AUGCGCCCAUCCAGUCGAGACGAAUUUGCGAUCGCGAUCAUCUGCGCGCUGACCCUGGAAGCCGAGGCAGUUGAAGACCUUUUCGACGAAACCUACGACCGGUUGGGCGAAAGUUACAGGAAAGAACCGGGCGAUGAUAAUGCAUAUGUUAACGGGAGGAUUGGAAAUCAUAAUGUAGUCCUGUGCUAUAUGCCUGGUAUGGGCAAGGGAAGCGCAGCCAGCGUGGCAUCGAGCUUGAAAAUCAGCUACAAAAGGGUUGAAGUGGCGCUGGUUGUCGGGAUCUGCGGAGGUGCACCAUACCCAUUAUCUGACGGAGAGAUAUUUCUAGGGGAUGUGAUAAUGAGCGACUCUGUCGUUCAAUAUGACUUCGGCAGGCAGUAUCCUGGCGGCUUUGAAAAGAAAACAGAUGUGAAGGACACGCUUGGAAGACCGAACCGAGCAAUCCGUUCAAUGCUGGCAAGCCUGCAGGCAAGGCGAUCUCGCAGAGACCUUCAAGAGAAGCUGUCACGGCAUUUACAGACUCUUCAAGAAUCACUACCUGAUUGGCAUCGCCCUACUUCUAUUGAUGACGUCCUCUUCGAAGCUUCAUAUCAGCAUAAGCAUUACGGUAUCACUUCAGCUACGUGCCUUUGUCUUAAUGGCACACCCGAGGAUAUCUGUAAGGCGGCUAUUGACUCAACCUGUACUCUUCUAGGUUGUGAUCUGGGCAGAGUCUGUCGACGACGGUCGAGCGCAGAACAUAACAGCCCCAGGGUCCACAUCGGGACGGUUGCAUCCGCUGAUACGGUGAUGAAAUCCGGCAAGCACCGUGAUCGUCUGGUCGAGUCAGAGGGUGUUGUUGGUUUCGAGAUGGAGGGAGCGGGGGUAUGGGACAACAUAUCAUGCAUCAUUAUUAAAGGAGUGUGUGACUAUGCUGAUAGCCACAAGAAUAAAGCAUGGCAAUUGUAUGCCGCCGCAACUGGGGCCGCGGCCGCCAAAGCUUUCUUGGAGUAUUGGGAGCCCACUUCUCGAGAAGGUUAG